AUGGCGACCAAGGCCAAGCCGAGCAACAACAAUGGCGCAACGCUGACGAAGCGCAAGUCGCUGACCGACGACGACCUCCUCAAGCUCGAGAAGAUGGAGCUCUCGGACGACGAAGACGACUUUCAGUACACGAACGUCGAUGUGCUCGACGACGACGAGGACGACGACGAGGAGGACUUCCAGACCGUCCUGCGCAACCUCAACAAGGCGCCGGAAGCGAAUGACGUCGUUAUCGAGAAGGCGCCGUCGCCGAUCCAAAAAGGCAGCCAUGCCCUCGCGGCGCCGGCGCGGCCCAUGGCCAUGAGCACCCAAGUCCGCCCGUCGGUCGUCGACGAUUUCAUUCGCAAUUUUCUCAUCAAGAUCGCCAUGCCUCGCACACUCGACACGUUCAACACCGAGUGGUAUGAGCUCAUGGCCAAAGGCAAGCUCAAGGAAGAGGACAUUGGCGUCGUGCCCGACAUCUACCUGCGCAACCAAGCGCUCGACGACCAAGUCAAAGCCUUGCGCAAGCAGCUUGAUGAAACCAAGAAAAUCACGGAAAAGGCCAAAGGGACCUGGGACAAAUUUCGCCAUCAGCGCGACGUCCACAAGAUGCACCACCAGCGCGUCGUGCAGGAGAAGAACCUCCUCAUGGACAAGAUCAAGAAGCUUCGCAAAAACAUUGCAGCGUACGAGCCGCUCCUCGCCGAGCUUCGGUCCAAGUACGAGGUCGCAAUGAAGGAGAAGAUGCUCAUGCGCCUCGAGCGCGACCGUUGCAUGGCCAAAGCCGACGCCUUGGAGGCGCAAGUGCGCGCACUCGAGCAAAAGGACUCGAAAUCUGCCAAUUCCAAGUCGUCGCCGGCCAAGUCGGUCCUCGGUGGAACGAAAAAGAAGAAGACGGACACCAAGCUGCCGGCCGAGAACGCUGCAAACCCGAACGCAGACAAGCGCUUUGACCCGAUUCAGAUCAAGCGCGUGGAGCUUGUCAAGACGUUCCAGGGCCACCUCAACUCGAUUGCCGCCGUGGCGUUCCACCCAAAGAACCCGGUGGUUGCGACCGUCUCGGACGACGAGACGUGGAAGCUCUGGUCGAUGCCCAACUGCGAACUCAUCAUGAGCGGCGAAGGCCAUCGUGACUGGAUCGCCAACGUCGAGUUUCAUCCGCGCGGAACGCACAUUGCCACCUCGUCCGGGGACAACACCGUCAAGAUUUGGGACUUUGUCUCGGCGUCGUGCACGCUGACGCUGCAAGACCACGCGCACCCGGUGUGGGAAAGUGCAUUUCACCACGACGGCGACUUCUUGGCGUCGUGCUCGAUGGACCACACGUGCAAGUUGUGGGACCUCGCGACGGGCAAGUGCCGCAAAACCUUUCGUGGGCACGUCGACUCGGUCAACAGCGUCUGUUUCCAGCCGUAUACGGUCAACAUUUGCACCGGGUCGGGCGACAAGACCAUCUCGAUCUGGGACAUUCGAUCGGGGCUCUGCGUCCAGACCUUUUACGGCCACCAAAACACGUGCAACAGCGUCGCGUUCUCGAUCACGGGCGAUACGAUCGCAUCCUGCGAUGCCGACGGCUUCAUCAAGCUCUGGGACGUGCGCAUGGUGGCUGAGCGUGCGACGAUUGACGGCGGCCAGCAGCCGCUCAACAGCGUCGCCUUUGACAAGAGCGGCGCUGUUGUCGCCGCCGCGAGCGACGACGGUACCAUCAAGAUGUGCAAUGCCAAGACGUUCGAGUUCAUCUCGGAGCUCCGCGGCCACAACGGCCCCGUCCAGUCGGUCAAGUUUGAUCCGGUCGGGCGCUACAUGGCGAGUGCGAGCUCCGACUGCACGUUCCGUCUCUGGACGUAA